AUGGAUCCCUUACCAUCGGUUAGUCAUGUGUUCUCAUUGGUAAUUCCAGAAGAAAAGCAACAUGUUGUUAAUGCUAUUACCACUGAAAACAAUGAAAAUCUUGCUUAUGCUGUCAAUGAUUCCCAUGGUUCAAAGUCUCGAAAUGGGAGGAAGGAUAGACCCUCAUGUUCACAUUGUGGUGUUCUUGGUCACAUCAAAGACAAGUGCUUCAAGCUUCAUGGCUAUCCGCCUGGAUUCAAAAAGGGAAAGUAUUCAACUCUUCUCAACCUACUGCUAAUGCAGUCAACACAUAAACCAUGGAGGAAGACACUCCUUUGA